UUCACCUUCUCAAAUAUUUCAACUCCGUUUCAGUCUCAACACCGCCUUCAGACACCCCAAAAAUUGCGAAAAACCUACCUCCGAUUUUCAUAUUAUUCGACAGGAAAGCCCCGAUUCAAUGAAGAUGCUUUUCUCGUCGCUCAUCUCCAGUCAGAUUCGGUUCUUGCUUCAUGGCUUGAACGAUUCCAACUUCGAUUCCAACUUCGAUUCCGUGGUUCGCGAGCUCUGUCAGUUUAUUGAAUAUGGAUAUGAGGCAAGCAUUUUGUUGCUCCAGACAUGCUUGGAUCACAUGAAUUUUCAUGGGGGAGACAUGAAUGAUAUGCAACUCAAACCUGAUGUACUAGCUGCAAUCUUUAGAUAUUUAUUGGAUAAGCCAAAUUUCAGUACCGUGCUUUGUGAAGCAUUAAGAAGCUCAGUUAUUGGUGAAGGAUUUCUUGGAGAGUUCUGUAAUGUGUUGCAGUUUUCAGUGUCUGAGAAAAUUGGCCUUGGUCUUGCUUUGGCAGACUCAGAGAAUGGUGAUGUUAGAACAAGUGGGCAAAAUUUCUGCAUGCGUCAGAUUGAGAAAUUGUGUGGUAAUCCUGCUUCUAUUGAUUCUCAUGAGAAAAUUCAGAAAAUUAUUAUGUUCCUAUAUCAGUCAGAGGGCCUUUCCAAGCAUGUAGACUCAUUCAUGCAAAUGCUGUCUUUGAUGGAGUUUAAAGAAAGGCCACCAUUUGUAUUAGCUCCAUUACUUUCAGAUGAUUUACAUGAGGACAGUUUUUCAAGGAAUUUGGAUUUGUUCUAUGAUUUCAGCGAAAAUGAGUUUGAUAGUAUUCUAGCAGAAAUGGAAAAUGACACAAGUAUGGCUGAUAUUAUGAGGGAACUUGGUUAUGGAUGCACGCUUAGUACUUCUCAUUGUAAAGAGGUCUUAUCUCUCUUCUUGCCUCUCUCUGAAGUCACUCUCUCAAGAAUACUUAGCACAAUUGCCCGCACGCAUGCUGGCCUUGAGGAUAAUCAAAAUUCGUAUUCAACAUUCUGCUCUGCUAUUGGUAGCAGCGCCUUAUCUGAUUCUUCAUGCUUGAGCUGUUGGAAUGUUGAUGUCCUUGUAGAUUCCAUUAAGCAACUUGCUCCUGGAAUCAAUUGGACUCUUGUCAUGGAAAAUCUAGACCAUGAAGGCUUCUACUUUCCCAAUGAGGGGGCCUUUUCUUUUUUCAUGUCCAUUUAUGCCCGUGCUUGUCAGGAUCCCUUUCCACUCCAUGCCGUAUGUGGGUCUGUCUGGAAUAAUGUUGACGGCCAGAUCUCUUUUCUAAGAUAUGCUGUAGCAGCCCCACCAGAAACAUUUACCUUUGCACAUUCUAUUAGGAAACUGGCAUAUACCGAUGCAUUGCAUGGUCAGGAGCUUCCGCAUGGGCAGGCAAACCAAGCAUGGUUAUCUCUUGAUCUUUUAGAUGUGUUGUGUCAACUAGCUGAGAGAGGCCAUGCUGGUUCAGUGCGACUGAUGCUUGAGUUUCCUCUUAAACACUGCCCUGAAAUUCUACUUCUUGGGAUUGCACAAAUUAAUACUGCCUAUAAUCUUAUCCAGCGUGAGGUAUCUUCCACUGUUUUCCCCAUGAUUAUUGGAAAUGUCAUGGGAAGUGGUGUUAUUCUUCACCUUUGGCACUCUAAUCCCAAACUUUUAGUGCAUGGAUUCUUGGAUUUUAUUAAAAGUGAUCAAGGGAACAUGGUUACAAUUUUGGAUCUUUGCCAAGAGCUGAAGAUUCUAUCAUCUGUGUUGGAGCAGAUUCCAUUCCAUUUUAGCAUUCGGCUGGCUGCACUAGCUUCUCAGAAAGAAUAUGCAAGUCUCGAUAAAUGGUUGAAUGAUUGUCUAAGAACUCAUAAAGAUGUUUUCUUUGAGGAGUGUCUCAAGUUUUUGAAGGAGAUAACCUUUGAUGCAGCAGAUGAUGUCUCUGCCAAUUCAUUUCAACAUUCUGGUGCUGGAAUGAAUAUAAAUGAGGAGACAAGUUCAAUCUUUUGGAAGGUCCUCCAAGCUAAUACUGAUCAGAUUGCCUCUAAACAGCUCUCUGAGGAGUUGAAAAGUUUGCAUAGAGCAUCUAUGCAUGUUAGUCCUAGGCUACAGAAUGUUGGGGCUUCAGAUUCAUCGACAUCUGAUGUUUACACGAAUGAUAUAGAGGCUGAGGCAAACUCUUAUUUCCACCAAAUAUUUUCUGGUCAGCUGACCAUUGAUUCAAUGAUUCAAAUGCUUGCACGUUUCAAGGAAUCUUCAGACAGAAGGGAACAAUCAAUAUUUGAGUGCAUGAUACAAAACCUAUUUGAGGAGUACAGGUUCUUCCCUAGGUAUCCAGAAAAGCAGCUUAAGAUUGCGGCUGGUCUAUUUGGUUCUCUGAUAAAGCACCAGCUUGUGACUCAUCUCACGCUUGGUAUUGCUCUUCGUGGAGUGUUGGAUGCAUUGCGCAAACCAACAGAUUCAAAAAUAUUCACUUUUGGAACAAAGGCUUUGGAGCAGUUUCUGGACCGGCUUAUAGAGUGGCCACAAUAUUGCUAUCAUAUUUUGCAAAUAUCUCAUUUACGUGGUACUCAUCCAGAGCUUGUUGCAUUUAUUGAACGAGCUCUUGCUAGGACUUCGUCUAGUCACUCUGAAUCAAAUGGGGGCAACAAUUCUUCAACUGAUCCCCAUAGUGGUUCUGCUCCAGCUACUUUGGAAAAUGUGGAGGUGCCUGAUUCAUCAUGGCAACUUUUAGGAUCUAGGACCACACAGCCUGGACAGCAGACCUCAUCUCCACUACCAGCACAACAAAGACAUCAAGGGUUUCUUGGUGACAGGCAUAAAACAUCUGCAUCUUUGAUUAAUUAUGGGAGACCAAUUCUACCUCCCACUGGUCAUGCUUCAAACGUUUCCACAAGUGAUGCACUUGGCAGUCAAAAGUUGGUUGUCUCUCAGUCCUUGCAAACAGUGUCGUCACAGACUGCUACUGGUGUUUCUGCAGCCGUGUCUUCCUCAACUGGUUUACUUCAUCCUUCCCGAAGCAUUGCAUCAACUAGCAUGCUUAGACAACCUUCAUAUAAUACAGGGUUUGGUUCUGCUUUGAACAUUGAAACGCUUGUUGCGGCAGCGGAGAGAAGAGAUACACAUAUAGAGGCUCCUACAUCUGAAAUUCAGGACAAGAUAUCAUUUUUGAUUAAUAAUAUUGCGUCUGCAAAUAUUGAAGCUAAAGCAAAGGAAUUCACUGAGGUUUUAGAUGAGCAGUACUAUCCAUGGUUUGCCCGGUACAUGGUGAUGAAAAGAGCAAGCAUUGAGCCCAACUUCCAUGACUCAUACUUGAAGUUUUUGGACAAAGUUAAUUCAAAGACAUUGAAUAAGGAGAUUGUAAAAGCUGCUUAUGAGAAUUGCAAGGUUCUUUUGAGAUCUGAGCUUAUAAAAUCAAGUUCUGAAGAACGCUCUUUGCUAAAAAAUCUGGGAAGUUGGCUUGGAAAGUUUACCAUAGGCAGAAAUCAAGUACUCAGGGCUCGAGAAAUAGAUCCCAAGUCUUUGAUAAUAGAGGCAUAUGAGAAGGGCCUGAUGAUUGCUGUGGUCCCAUUUACCUCGAAGAUUUUGGAACCUUGCCAAAGCAGUCUUGCCUAUCGGCCUCCCAAUCCUUGGACCAUGGCAAUUCUUGGUUUACUUGUUGAGAUUUAUGCAUUGCCAAAUCUUAAAAUGAAUCUUAAGUUUGACAUUGAGGUCCUGUUUAAGAACCUUGGUGUGGAUAUGAAGGAAGUAAAGCCGACUUCUCUUCUUAAAGAUCGAGUUCGGGAAAUAGAAGGAAACCCUGAUUUUUCUAAUAAAGAUGUUGGGGCAUCUCAGCCACAAAUGGUUUCUGAUAUUAACCCUGGAAUCAUGUCCACAUUGAGUCAAGUUGAGCUACAGCCUGAUAUUGUUAAUUCAUCUCAUCCCGGUGGCCACUUAAAUGUAAUGACUCAGUAUCCUUCUGGUCUUCAUCUUGCUUCUGGUUCAUUAACGGAGGAUGAUAAAAUAGCAACCUUAAGCCUGGGUGAUAGGCUUCCUACUGGUCAAGGGCUUUCACAAGUACCUCCAGCGCAGUCACCAUAUUCUGUUGGUCAGAUCCCUGCACCGAUCCCUAACAUUGGAAGCCAUAUCAUUUUCAACCAAAAACUUGGUGCUUUGGGCUUGCAUUAUUUCCAGAGAGUUGUACCCAUUGCAAUGGAGAGGGCUAUCAAAGACAUAAUGGCUCCUAUUGUUCAACGUAGUGUUACUAUAGCAACUCAGACAACAAAGGAACUUGUUCUAAAGGAUUAUGCUAUGGAGUCUGAUGAGUCCCGCAUAUACAACGCUGCACAUUUAAUGGUUGCAAGUCUAGCUGGAAGUUUGGCUCAUGUCACAUGCAAGGAACCCCUUCGCGGCGCCAUAACGAAUCAGCUUAGGAAUUCAUUUCAGGGUUUAAACAUUGGAACUGAACUUCUAGAACAAGCUGUGCCACUUGUUACUAAUGAUAAUCUUGAUUUGGGUUGUGCUGUGAUUGAAAAUGCUGCAACAGAGAAGGCAUUACAAACCAUUGAUGGUGAGAUUACUCAACAACUUUCCUUGAGAAGGAAGCACAGGGAGGGUGUUGGUCCUUAUUAUGAUGCGAGUAUUUAUACACAAGGUCCUAUGGGUGUCAUACCAGAAGCCCUCCGCCCCAGACCUGGUCAUUUGUCCCAUUCCCAACAGCGGGUUUAUGAGGAUUUUGUUCGGUUUCCCUGGCAAAAUCAAUCUGGACAGAGCUCAAAUGCAGUUCCUGCUGGUCCACCUGCUGCAUCUAGUGGUCCUGGCAGUUCUGGUUUGUCUCGUGCUUAUGCUUCAUCAUCAGGACAGCUUAGCCCAGGCUUCUACUCUACUGGGACUGGGGCUACCGGAUUGAGUGCUACUCAGCCCUUGGAUCUAAUUUCUGAGGAUAUGGACCCCAGUUCUGCCCAAUUCCUCAGUGGCUCCUCUUCACGCAUUGGAGUGAUGGAUGGUGUUUCUCCUCAUGGUUCUAAACUUAACUCUGUUUCAUUUCCGUCGGUGGCUCCUACCCCUGAAGUCCAUCCAGUGGAGGCCUCUAAUGUUGGAAAAGAAUUGGGAGCUGCUGCACUAUCAUUGCCUGCUGCUUCUACCACAGAACAUUCGGGGAGUGGCAUCUCGGAACCCUUGUUGAAUACUGGAGAUGCAUUGGAUAAGUACCAAAUUGUUGCACAGAAGUUGGAAACUUUGCUAACCAAGGACUCAGGGGAUGCUGAAAUUCAGGGGGUUAUUGCUCAGAUUCCUGAAAUAAUACUCAAAUGUAUACGCCGAGACGAGGCUGCAUUGGCUGUAGCUCAAAAGGUGUUUAAGAGUUUAUAUGAGAAUGCAUCAAACAGUUUACAUGUCAGUGCUCAUCUUGCAAUCCUUGCUGCUAUUCGAGAUGUUUGCAAGCUUGUUGUUAAGGAGCUCACUAGUUGGGUCAUUUACUCAGAUGAGGAGAGGAAGUUUAACACGGAUAUUACUGUUGGUCUCAUACACAAGGACUUACUAAACCUUGCAGAAUACAAUAUGCACAUGGCAAAACUUAUUGAUGCUGGAAGGAACAAAGCUGCUACAGAGUUUGCAAUUUCUCUUCUCCAGACCUUGCUGAUUCAAGAUUCAAGAGUUAGUGUUUCUGAACUUCCCAAUCUUGUUGAUGCAUUGGGAAAGCUUGCAAUGAGACCUGGAUCUCCUGAAUCUUUACAACAGUUAGUUGAGAUUGCAAGAAAUCCUGCUGCUAAUGCAGCAAUUCUUUCUGGUUUGAAUGUUGGAAAGGAUGAUAAGGAGAAGCAAUCUCGAGAAAAGAAGAGUUCUGAUCGAUCCAUGACAAGCAGAGAAGACUAUACCAAUGCUGACUCUGUGGGAGUUGAUCCUGUUGGUUUUCGUGAUCAGGUUUCUGUGCUGUUUGCUGAUUGGUACCAGAUAUAUGAACUUCAUGGUACAAAUGACCCAGCUAUUACCCAUUUUAUCUCACAACUACAACAAAGUGGUUUUCUAAAUGGGGAUGAUACAUCAGAUCGUUUUUUCCGACUGCUCACAGAACUUGCUGUGGCACAUUGUCUCUCUUCUGAAGGAAUCAAUUCUGGAUCAUUGUCACUGCAUUCACCUCAAACAGGGCAGAACAUGUCAUUUCUUGCGAUAGAUGUGUAUGCAAAGCUUGUUAUUUUGAUUCUAAAGUUUUGUGUGAUGGAGCAUGGACCAAGUAAACUCCUCCUGUUGCCAAAGAUUUUUUCUGUAACUGUGAGAGUCAUCCAAAGAGAUUCCGAGGAGAAGAAGGCAUCUUUUAAUCCAAGGCCAUAUUUCAGGUUGUUUAUUAACUGGCUUUUUGACCUUGUGUCCCCAGACCCUAUCCUGGAUGGUGCUAACUUUCAGGUGUUGAUUGCUUUUGCUAAUGCUUUCCAUGCAUUGCAGCCUCUUAAAAUCCCCGCAUUCAGCUUUGCAUGGCUUGAGCUAGUGAGCCACAGGAGUUUUAUGCCUAAGCUGCUUACAGUAAACCCUCCAAAAGGUUGGCUUUAUGUUCAACGCUUGCUUGUGGACCUGUUCAAAUUCAUGGAGCCAUAUCUAAGGAAUGCUGAAAUGGCAGAGCCGAUACUUUUUCUAUAUAAAGGCACUCUAAGGGUACUGCUUGUGCUGCUCCAUGAUUUCCCGGAGUUCCUGUGUGAUUAUCAUUUCAGCUUCUGUGAUGUGAUUCCUUCAAGCUGCAUCCAGAUGCGAAAUGUCAUCCUCAGUGCAUUCCCACGUAAUAUGAGGCUGCCUGAUCCUUCUACUCCCAACUUAAAGAUUGAUUUGUUAGCAGAGAUCAAUCAAUCCCCACGCAUAUUCUCAGAGGUGGAUGCUGCUCUUAAAUCAAAGCAGAUGAAGUCAGAUGUAGAUGAGUAUCUCAAGACAAGGCAUCAGGGAUCUUCAUUCUUGCCCGAUCUAAAGCAGAGAUUGCUUCUGCCCCAAAAUGAGGCAGCACAAGCUGGGACCCGGUACAAUGUGCCCUUGAUGAACUCCCUUGUCCUUUAUGUGGGAAUGCAGACCAUCCAGCAAUUACAAACAAAAAGCUCGCCUCCACUUGCACAGCAGAUGGCCCACAAUGGUCCGCUGGAGUUGUAUUUGAUGGGUUCUGCCAUGGACAUCUUCCAGACUCUGAUUGCGGAGCUUGAUACAGAAGGGCGUUACCUCUUCCUUAAUGCCAUUGCAAAUCAGCUGCGCUAUCCCAACAACCACACACAUUUUUUCUCCUUUGUUCUUCUCUACUUGUUUGUUGAGGCAAGCCAGGAAAUCAUCCAGGAGCAAAUUACAAGAGUUUUGCUGGAACGUCUGAUUGUAAAUAGACCCCACCCAUGGGGCCUUCUCAUCACUUUUAUCGAGCUCAUCAAGAAUUCAAGAUACAACUUCUGGAGCAGGACUUUCACAAGGUGUGCGCCGGAGAUUGAGAAACUGUUUGAAUCGGUUUCUCGAUCUUGCGGUGGACCCAAACCUGUAGAUGAUUCCAUGGUCUCCGACAACAUGCACUGACUGUUUCUCUCAUUUGUAAAUAACUAGCGUAAUUUUAUUACUGAUAAUGUCCAUAGAUGUAAUUAUGGUUUCUAUCUUGUGCUGUUUCUGUAUCUUGUGAUGUUUAUGUACUUUUUUAUGGGAAACAUCUUAGCUGACUAUAUAAUAUGUCUGAAGGAAAUUUAACUAA